AUGAAGAAAAUCUCACGACCCAUUUUUCCGACGCCUGCCUUGCCCAUGACCACGGCUCGUCUCCUCAUGAGGCCCAUACGACAGUCAGACCUUGAAGACUUCCACAUCCUGCGUACUCAGAUUGAAGUCAUGAAGUGGACAUCUACCGGGAAGGUUGAUGUCGACAAGGAGGCAACCCAGAUCUGGAUGAACAGAUCCCUGCCGCCGAAUGACGCCACCACUUUCAAUUUUGCGAUCGAGGAGCUGUCGAACCCCGGAACAGUCAUUGGUGUCUUGGGCUGCCACAUCUCCGAGCCCCCUGAAUGUGGUUAUAUGUUCCGAACUGAAUACUGGGGAAAGGGAUAUGCUACUGAGGCAUUCAAGCGCUGGCUUCAGGCGUGGUGGGAGCUGCCGACAAGGAUCGUGGCGAUUGAGGAUGCAGACCCGGGCUUCAGUACCGAUGACGAUGUUGUCUCUGUCCCCGAGGUGCUGACAGCGGUCAUUGACGAGAAGAAUGUCGCAAGUGCCCGAAUUCUGGCCAAUGCAGGCUUCCGCCUGGUCUCGAAGGAAACUAUCGAGCAUAACGGCGCGACUGUCACCGAGAUCACGCUAGAAUUGCAGCGGCCGAAAUGCUGA